AUGCCUAAUGUGCGCCGUUGUCGUUGGGAUCACAAGACGCUGCCAUAUGUUCCGGAACGGCCGUGUUUGUUGUAUUACAUCAUUCCUGGGGACACCGUGCCGCGAGUGGCGGUGCCGAAUGCCCGUGGCGAGUACCCGCAUCUGAUACCAGGCAUGCCGUACCUGGAGUCAGAGGAGGUGAGCGAAGAAGAGGCGUGGGGUUGUGCGAGGGAUGACCAGGUGGCAUUGCCGGUUAUGGAAUUCGCCCCACCACCAAUUCAAACAGAUGCGGCCACACAAGUGGAGUGGAAUCAACUGCCGGUGCCGCCUUUGGCACAUCUGCAGCGGUUUGCGGCUCCACCGCGGCAAGAGGGAAAUGAGUUGUCAUCGGAAUGA